ACCUGCCGGCCGCCGGCACCGGAGGCCCAAUGGGAGCGGCCUUCGGGCCGCCGGCUCCGCCCCGCCUCUCGGCCGUCCGCGCCGCUGCAUGGCCGCCGCCGGGUCCCGGAGCUGAGCGCCGCCCGAGCAGGAGCACCGGGAAGCCGCCGCAGCGCACCCGACAGGCGCGGCCGGGCGCAUGGCGUCCAUCUUAUUGAGGAGCUGCCGCGGCCGGGCGCCAUCCCGCGCCGCCGGCCCGAGGGGUGGCCUCAUGGGCCGUGCCUGCCUCAGCUGUCCCAGCGCCGUGGGGCUGGUGAACUGCGCGAAUGUUCCGUGGGGCUGCUGUGCGCUGGCCCACCCCUCACACCUUCCCCUCCGAGGCGAGCACCUCGGCCCGUGGACUCCGCAGCUCUGGCCACCGGGCACGGUGGGCAGGGCUCUGUGGGCGCCGGCCGCGGCAGGCUCCCUGGUGGUGGGACCCUGGCACCUGGCGGUGCGCGCCUGGCACUCCUCGCGUCCCCUGGCUGAGGACUCAGUGGUGGAGAAAUCGCUCAAGUCCCUGAAGGACAAGAACAAGAAGCUGGAGGAGGGCGGGCCUGUGUACAGCCCCCCGACGCCCGUGCUGGAGAGGAAGUCCCUGGGACAGAAGGUGCUGGACGAGCUGAAACACUACUACCACGGCUUCCGCCUGCUCUGGAUCGACACCAAGAUCGCAGCGCGCAUGCUCUGGCGCGUCCUGCACGGCCACACGCUCUCUCGCCGGGAGCGCAGGCAGUUCCUCCGCAUCUGCGCAGACCUCUUCCGCCUGGUACCCUUCCUGGUCUUCGUGGUGGUGCCCUUCAUGGAGUUCCUGCUGCCUGUGGCCGUGAAACUCUUCCCCAAUAUGCUGCCAUCCACAUUUGAGACCCAGUCCAUCAAGGAAGAGAGGCUGAAGAAGGAGCUGCGGGUGAAGCUGGAGCUGGCCAAGUUCCUGCAGGACACCAUCGAGGAGAUGGCGCUGAAGAACAAGGCAGCCAAAGGCAGCGCCGCCAAAGACUUCUCGGCCUUCUUCCAGAAGAUCCGGGAGACCGGGGAGAGGCCCAGCAACGAGGAGAUCAUGCGUUUUUCCAAGCUCUUCGAGGACGAGCUGACGCUGGACAACCUGACGCGGCCGCAGCUCGUGGCGCUGUGCAAGCUGCUGGAGCUGCAGUCCAUCGGCACCAACAACUUCCUGCGCUUCCAGCUCACCAUGCGGCUGCGCUCCAUCAAGGCUGACGACAAGCUCAUUGCGCAGGAGGGGGUGGACAGUCUCACGGUGAAGGAGCUGCAGGCAGCGUGCCGGGCCCGGGGCAUGCGGGCUCUCGGCGUCACCGAAGACCGGCUGAGGGACCAGCUGAGGCAGUGGCUGGACCUGCACCUGCACCAGGAGAUCCCCACAUCGCUGCUCAUCCUGUCCCGAGCCAUGUACCUCCCUGACACCCUUUCUCCUGCUGACCAGCUCAAGUCCACACUGCAGACUCUGCCCGAGACUGUGGCCAAAGAAGCCCAGGUGAAGGCAGCGGAAGUGGAGGGCGAACAGGUGGACAACAAGGCCAAAUUGGAGGCCACGCUGCAGGAAGAGGCGGCCAUCCGCCAGGAGCACCGCGAGAAGGAGCUGCACGAGGCCGCUCAGGCAGCCGAGGCCACGAAGGACACGGCACUGGAAGAAGCAGAAGCUGCCCCUGGACGGCCAGACACAGAGCCUAAGCCGGAGGCCCCGGAGGUGACCCUGCCGUCCGAGGUGCUCAAGGACACGGCCCCUGUGCCGGAAGGCCUGAAGGAGGAGGAGAUCACCAAGGAGGAGAUUGACCUGCUCAGUGACGCCUGCUCCAAGCUGCAGGGGCAGCAGAAGGCGCUCAGCCGCGAGCGGGAGGAGCUGGAGCUGCUCAAGGAGGACGUGCAGGACUACAGUGAGGACUUGCAGGAGAUCAGGAAGGAGCUCUCCAGGACGGGGGAGGAGAAGUUCGUGGAGGAGUCCAAGGCCAGCCAGCGCCUCUCCAAACGGGUGCGGCAAAUGAUCGGGCAGAUGGACGGCCUGAUUGCACAGCUGGAGGCCGGGCCCCAGGCUGGCACAGCGAGCCCCACACAGGGCGCCACCGCAGGGGAGAACUUCAUCAGUGUGGAUGAGCUCAUCACGGCCAUGAAGCAGAUCAAGGACAUUCCAGAAAGCAAACUGCUCAGGCUGGCCUCAGCCCUGGACGACAACAAGGACGGCAAGGUCAACAUUGAUGACCUCGUCAAGGUGAUAGAGCUGGUUGACAAGGAGGACGUGCAGGUCUCCCCUAGCCAGAUGGCAGAGAUCGCGGCAACCCUGGAGAAGGAGGAGAAGGUGGAGAAGGCCAAAGGGAAGGCCGAGAAGGAGGCAGCAGAAGCCAAGAACUAGGUGCCCUGGUCUGGCCGCGGGCAUGUGUGCCUCCACCGUGAUCCCCGGAGGGUGGCACAUCAGGGCUGGACCACAGACCCCGAGUCAGACCACUGCUCACGUGCGCCAUUCCAUGAAGCUGCAGCCAGCCCUCCCAGAACCAUGG